CGGGUAUUGACCAGUUGUGGCCUUGGAGCUACCCAUUUUGCAAGACUAACUCGAUUUCUUAGCUACCGGUUGGCUUAUCCGACCUGCCUUAGACGAGGCACAUGUUAUUUUAUUGUCGAUGUUGACGCCUCAUUAUCCCGUUUUGGAUAUUUGUCAAGACAUCGGCACCAAUCGAUUCUUCGACCGGAAAGAGAAUGCCUUCAACCUGCCCCCCAAGGUUAGAGAUUCCACGGAAUCAUGGCCGAUAUAAGAGUCCAACCAUUGCUCUACAGCGCCCACCAACAUGACCACAGACGCUGUUCAAGACGGUUCCAGCCCGGAAUCAAUGCGCGCGUCUCCAUCUCCAGAUGACAUUAUUGCAGCAUUUCUCGAACAACAGGACGACAUAGUAAUGUACGGGCAGUCCGAUGAACGCUUCGCCAUGCCUGAGGAUAGUUUUACAAGUCCCUCUUUGGAUGAGGACCCCCGUGGCCAUCAUGAGCAGGCAUACACUGGGGCCAGGCUGAGUCCACCUUUGAGGUUUUUGGCAGGAUUCCAACCGCCCUCCCAGCUACCGUCUCCCCCGGAAUCCCGUUCUGGGAGUCCAUCAGGGGGUGAUAAAACUGCGCCUCGUCAUCGUCGCACAUCCUCGUACCCAAGAAAGACAGGCAGACACGGUGGUAUUCAUGUUAGGAGGCACACCACAUUGGGUACGAGUUCAAAGGGGCACAUGGCGCAUACUCCCAUGGUUCCACGCAAGGCCGAGGAUUGGGAGCCGUGGAAAAAUGUUAUCCACCAACUGUACAUUGUGCAGAACCACAUUCUCAAGGAUAUCAUUGUCAUCAUGGAAGAUACCUACCGUUUCAAAGCAACACCAAAGAUGUACAAAAACCAGUUUGCCAGAUGGAAAUUCUUCAAGUAUGCCAUAAAACGACGAUCACGUUCGGGAACGGACACGUGUUCUGGCUCGGUUUCUCCUGAAAGCACAGGAGAACCUUGGAUGGCCGAUCAAGACCACCAACCUGAAGAGAUGCAAGCCGGUACUGCUGUCUUCCGUGUUGAUUACGAUAGCCCCGUUGACGCAUACCCGUCUCACUACCUUGAGGACAGUCCCUCUGUAUCUCAGGAGCCAUCCUAUCGCUUGCAGUCUCCUCAGGACGAGCUGGUCGCUUUCUGUCUGGACUCAGAGUUCUCCUCGUUAGCUCAACAGAUCAUCAUGAAUGAUCCCGAAAGCAAAGAAUUGGGGACGCGGUGUAGCAAGGGCACUUUCGGUCCUGACUUUGCUCAAGGCUUGGAAGGUCUAUACCAUAAGGUCGCAGCCAUGACAGGCUCGGGUCAGUAUCCGGAGGACGUCCUGAAAGCAAUCCAAAGCAUCUAUUGCGGGUGGAUGAGCGACUACUACCAAUCAACGCAACAGUGGUCGGAAAUGAUCGAGUGGAAGAAAAGUGGACUGUCCAUGACUUCAAACCAGCAGUAUGUUGCUUGCUCUAUACGUCUGGAGGAGCUGAUGCGAGAUCAUGGGUUAUCUGAAGAUGCAGAGGAGUUAAGGAGGAGAAGGAUGAAUAUUGGGUGGCUUAUGAGCGGCGUGUUGCUGGGUUUUUCUGGAGCUCUAUCAGCGGGAAGAUAAUAUCCUCUUGACCCAUGAACAAUCGAUAUCCUACAAAUUUUCAUCCAUUUCGCAC